AUGGCUGGACCUCUUGGUCCUCCGAUACCUCUGGCUGACAGCUCCAAGAGCCCAGAGGACAAAGCAUCAGAACUGUCGAUCGACACGGGUGAGGUCGGUGAGACUGAAGCACCUCCAACAUCCGAAAUCAUCACUGUUAUCCCCCCAGACUUCAGUGGUUACUGGUAUUCGUAUGCAGAUAGUCGUAUCUACCAUGUAAUCCCACACCAGCCACCCACUCGUUUGUCGGAAGAUCAUCCUUUCGUGCAACGUUUCCGGGGAUUGGUAGGUCAGGGACAACCAAGACCACGCUCAGUCACUCAUGAAAACAUAACUCCAUGGCGCGCCCAACAUCACUCGAACCAAGUCUACUCGGCCAACACUUCGAUCCGUCCUAGUAGGCCGCCAUCACAUCAUCAACCAUUCGAAAGCUACGGUCUUCUGCAGACAGCGAAGGCCGCGCAUGUGCAGACUGGUCCAAUUCGAAAUGAUCUUGCCAUCGUCAAGACUCCACUUCAGCCUCGCCUCUUUCUCGCACGAUCAACUCUUCCACAGCCAAUCCAGGAUGCGUUUUCAAUCCCCAAUUCUGCGCGACAUCCACUUGCAACUGAGAAGGCAAUCACACAUACUGCGCCUGCAGAAGUAGGGCUGAUCCGGGGCUAUUUUGAUUUUGAUCCCUCGGGAAGUCAAGAAGCUCAAGCGCUGGCCGGUGCUGCCAGAAUGCAAACCUAUAUUCAACGAUACCACCCGGGAGGGGAAACUCUGAGCAUCCAGACUUUUGCAAUAGCGGUUGAAAUGCACUGGACGAGACAACAGCCCUUCGAUUUGAGCAUGGACCUUUCGACGAUCGUGGCAAGAAGAAACCAGACAGGCAAAGGAGAGCAGUCGUCAGACCUGCAGGGAUUGGGCCACCAGUUUGAGAACCACACAGCGGCAUUCGAUCCUCACACGACGGCUUCACAAUUGACCGCGGUUACAAUGUAUCACCAUGGUCUCUGCGAGUAUCACUCUGUUCGCCGUCGAGCUCAGGCUCGUCCUCCCGAUGAAGGUCGUCCACUGCGCAUCUCUGAAUAUGUUGCUGUUCGACCGAGGCGGAUCAAUCAUCCACUCACGAGUCGUCCAUCUGAUGACGGCCACGAUCCUGUGACUUUUGCUUCGCCUCAAGAAGAACCUGAAAAAGUCCAUUACCCACCACUGUUCGCAUCCGAGUCACCAGCCUUUCCAGAUGAAAAGACUGUGGUGGACCUGCUCCGUGCCAAAUCUCGUCUUCCGAAAUCGGUUCGUCAAUUGCUGAGCGUCGAGAUCAUCAAGAAAAUCUUGUUCCUGGCAUUGCAUGGAAUACCAUCGGCGGCAAUUGCAUAUGAGGUUCAUGGUGAGCUUCCAAAGACUUGGAAAUUGAGCGUAACAAAGCGGAUGGAGAAGAUUACCUAUGUAAUCGACCAUUACCUUGUUGAGAUCGUGGCAGAAGCAGAUCGUGAAUGUGGUGCAGAGGAUUUCAUAUCGAAAUUGUUGACUCACGCUUUGUCGAAGGACUGGAUCCCGAGAUCACUCCAGAAUGCUGUCGAGUACAUUCACUCCGAGACGGCGGGUGAUGUAACUAGCGGCGUCGAAGAGCGAAGACUGGCUGCCAAAGCUAGGAUUGCAUUGCAGAAGUGGCGCUCCGACAACAACGGCGCAAAUCCAGCUCCGGAUGCGAAGGGAAAACGAAGCAGCACGGACGGUUCAAUGCCACUUACGAAGAGAAGAAAAAGUAUGGGUUAUUGGUCAGCGUGUCAGGGUCUGCAGAGAGAGAUGGACGAUCGACAGCGGCUUUUGGAUCUUGGUUAUCGUGAGGACAGUCUUGAUACUGAAAAGGCUUUGAUGAAUGAGUGGUUGGAGAAGCUCAAGAAGAUGGGGAGAUUGCCUAGUCUAACGGAGGCGGCUCAGGCGGCUCACCAGGCUCGAACUACCCAGCAAAAGAAAACUGUGUGA